AUGCUAAACGUAUGGGUUCCGGUGCUCCCGGUCUACUUGGCUGCAGUCCUUGAAUAUCUGGUCGCCGAGAUCCUCGAGUUGGCUGGUAAUGCUGCGCGUGAUCAUAAGAAGUCUCGAAUCAUUCCAAGACACAUUCAAUUGGCGGUCCGCAACGACGAGGAACUCAACAAAUUCUUAGCUGGAGUGACCUUAGCUAGUGGUGGUGUACUGCCUAACAUUCAUACCACUCUACUGCCAAAGAAGAGUAAAGGGAAAGGUAUGACUCAAUCACAAGAGAUGUAA